CAGCUGUCUGCGAGCAUUGAGCUGACUGGCGCCAUCCUGAAAGAAUGCCUUCACUGUAAAAAAACACAGAGAGAGCAGUGCAUUCAGAGACAGAGGGAGUGAGCGCUAGAGAGAGAGAGACAGAGGGAGGGAUGAAAACAGAGUAAGAGGGUUACUACUACUGCUGCGCAUAAACAGAGAUUUGAUCAAACUUGUGCUCAGUCAGAAAGCAGAAAACGUAUUCAGAUCGACCCGGCUCGGCCUGAGCUCACUUGUUGAGUCAACGCAACGCAACAGUAUACAGAAAGAAAUUUGCGGAACUUGACGCGCGCUUGGAUGCGUAUGCGGACUUACGAACUACAUGCUCGUAUAUAGCCUACAUUUGAAUUUCAGAAGUUAAUGCGUACUCAUUGAAGGGACGGAUCCGACUUAAAUGAGCUGCUGACAAUUUGCAAAUGUCAGAAAGAAAACAGACAAACGGACGGACUAAAUAAAUAUUGUUCAAAUUGUCUUGUUCAAUUUCAGGUGAUCGGAGGUAAAGAAUCGAACCUGUGGAUUAAACAUAGGACUUUGGACUUUUUAACUUUCGUCUUGUGUGUAUCGGUGAGUGUAUGAACGUUUGCUAAAUAACGAUGGAAGUAAGUCCGGAGCAGCCUCGCUGGGUGACCCAUCAUCACCCGGUCAUUAACGGCCAGCAUCCCGAAACGCACCACCCGGGACUGGGACACUCCUACAUGGACCCAUCGCAGUAUUCCCUUGCGGAAGAUGUGGAUGUAUUGUUUAAUAUCGACGGACAGAGCAACCACCCGUACUACGGGAACUCGGUUCGGGCCGUGCAAAGAUACCCACCGCCACAUCACAGUAGCCAGGUGUGUCGCCCAUCAUUGCUGCAUGGCUCUCUUCCUUGGCUUGAUGGAAGUAAAGGCAUCGGCCCUCACCACAGUACCUCUCCCUGGAACCUCGGCCCAUUCCCAAAAACUUCCCUGCACCACAGUUCCCCUGGGCCUCUGUCUGUCUAUCCCCCAGGGUCCUCCUCCUCGCUGUCUGCUGGCCACUCCAGCCCACAUCUUUUCACCUUUCCCCCCACUCCACCCAAAGAUGUGUCCCCUGAUCCAACCAUUUCCACAUCAGGCUCUGGUUCAACCUUACGGCAGGAGGACAAAGAAUGCAUUAAGUACCAGGUGUCUCUGGCCGAGAGCAUGAAGCUGGAUUCAGCUCAUAGUCGAAGCAUGGCCUCUAUUGGAGCGGGCGCGUCCUCUGCGCAUCACCACCCCAUCGCCACUUACCCUUCCUAUGUGUCCGAUUAUGGGCCCGGGCUCUUCCCACCAAGUAGCCUGAUAGGUGGGUCCUCUUCUAGUUAUGGUUCCAAAACGAGACCAAAAACAAGGUCCUGUUCAGAGGGUAGAGAAUGUGUUAACUGCGGGGCCACCUCGACUCCUCUGUGGCGGAGGGAUGGCACCGGUCACUAUUUGUGUAACGCCUGCGGACUGUACCACAAGAUGAACGGACAGAACCGACCCCUCAUCAAGCCCAAGCGGAGGCUGUCUGCUGCGAGACGAGCGGGGACCUCGUGCGCAAACUGUCAAACGACCACGACGACACUGUGGCGGAGAAACGCGAACGGUGAUCCAGUCUGCAAUGCCUGCGGCCUCUAUUAUAAAUUACACAAUAUCAACCGACCACUCACCAUGAAGAAAGAGGGCAUCCAGACCCGGAACCGGAAGAUGUCCAGCAAGUCCAAGAAGAGCAAAAAGUCCCACGAUAGCAUGGAUGACUUCUCUAAAAGCUUGAUGGAUAAGAACAGUUCCUUCAGCCCUGCCGCCCUCUCGCGUCACAUGACCUCUUUCCCUCCCUUCUCGCACUCCGGCCACAUGUUGACCACACCCACUCCCAUGCACCCCUCUUCUAGCUUGUCCUUUGGCCCACACCACCCCUCCAGUAUGGUCACAGCGAUGGGCUAGAACACCUGACUACCUCCAAUCGUGACCUCUCCCUACGGUGGACAUCUUAAAGCAUUGUUAAUCUUGAAGCCCACGGCAAAUUUCCGAUCUCCAAUCAGCUCUCUCACGUCCCCUCCGAAGACCACCGGUGCACCGUCUGAGCCGUCAGCUUUUUCCCCCGCCUCGGUAUGACCUGCCUAAUCCCACCCACUUCAAAAUACGAGGAAAAGACAAUGAGAGAAAGAAAAAAUGACUUUCUUCAUCGCCCUCCGAUCACGAAGCCUCGACCGUGCGCUAACGUCAACUUUCAUUUGUGUACAAAUGCCAUCUUUCCUGUGGGCACCCCCAACCAGGGCAUCAAGGCAGAAACAUUACAAGACUUUAAAGAGACCCUCUCUAAGUCCCGAACCUGUUCUUAUGUCCUCUUCUUUACGCCACCGUGAGACAGGAACUGAGCUGUGAAUGAUGACCGGAGAUGAAUUCUGCAUAUAUUUGUAAAAAUUGUCUGAAAUACAUUUAAUGAAGACUUUUUAAAGAGCAAAUGAGAGGACAUGCCCGUGGGCAGCUAAUGAUAAGAAGGGUACGACUCAAACCUGGAGGAUGGAAAGAUGUGGUGAUGCAGCCAUUAUUUUCCAAAUGACAUGUUGGUAGAUGAGGGAGGAAAAGUAUAAGAAAUGAAAGAAAAUGAUGUGUAAUGCAUUAAAACUUGUAGCAGUUGAGUCUGUCCAGCAGACUUCCAGCUACUCAUCUGGAUGUGUUAUAGGUCUUGGGCAAUUGGUUCGUGUUCGCACACACAUACACAUACAUAUGCACGCACGCACACAUAUAUACAUCUGAAAGACUUGUCUGGGCCCAGGUUAUAUGCAUUGUGAAAAAAGUUCCUGUAUUUGUUAUCUGUAUGUAUAAUUCAGAGUACCAAAAAUACGAAAGAAACAAAGAUGUAGAAUUAUUUCUUUAUGUAAUGCAGACUGAAUGGUUGUACAAAUUUAAUAAUCACUAGUGUAAAAAAGACUUGCUUUUUGUUGCGUAAUUUUUUCUCUUUGAAAAUAAUAAACUAGUUUAAUCUGUUGACAUCA